AUGGGUUUAGUCGCAAUAAGAACAGUAUUAUUUAUAAUCUUUUGUUUUUGGAUUGUAUCUAUAGCUCUAACAUCAGUAUCUCUAACUAAAGACUGGUAUUAUAUACAUAUAAAACAACAAAAUAUAUCCUCAAUCAAUAAUUACUAUUUCAAUUUAUUUGAAUAUAAACAUUCAAUUAACUUCUUAAGAUGUGGUGGUACCAAUUUCUGUGAUAAUUUCAAAGGUAACAAUCAAACUUUAACCAAUCCUUAUAACCCAGGAUCAGAUACACCCACAAAGAUAGAAUACGGACCAUCGAAAGGAUUUUACCUGGGAUUGGCAGCAUUGGUCGUUCUCUUUGUAAAUCAAUUUAUUGGAUGCGCACUCUCGAAAAUGAAAACAGAAAAGAUUGACAUGACAACUAAAAAUAGAUAUGGAAUAGAACUAACCAAUACAAAUCAAAAUAAAGUUGAUGAAGAACUUAAACAAUAA